CGAAACAAAUGACUGUGAAUGAAAAGCCCUAUUGGACUUUGAUUGUGAUUUUUGAUCUAUAAACAAACUAAAGUACCUACUUGAACUUGGGUUUGUUGGAGUUUGGAAUGGAAAGAAUGAAUAAUGAAUACAAAUUGAAUCAACCUUAGAAUCAACAAGUUACAAGUUUACUGUUUCAUUUUUGUGUUUACCGCCAGUGUUUAAAAAUCUCAUAUACCGCUAUGCAUGGAGUGUUGACCAAAUCAUCAACUUUAAUUAACCUUAUAGGUACCUCUAAAAUGUCUUCACUGGCUUUUAAAACAUUAGCUGUAAGUGUACCCAAAGAAUUUGUAUACCAUGUUAAGUUAAAUAGGCCAGAGAAGAGAAAUGCAUUUAAUCAUCAAAUGUGGCUAGACAUCAAAGACUGUUUUAAAAAAAUAAGUGAUGAUGAAAAUUGCAGGACUGUUGUUCUGUCUGGAGAAGGAAAAUUGUUUACUGCUGGGAUUGAUUUAAGUAGUUUUAUGGAACAGGGAGCUGAAGCUGGACUACACGAGGAUCCAGUUCGCAAAGCCAAAGUACUCUUCAAGAUCAUACAGCUGUAUCAAGAAAGUAUGAGUUCUUUAGAACUGUGCAAGAAACCUGUAUUAGCGGCUAUUCAUUCUGCCUGUAUAGGAGCUGGUGUAGACUUAAUUACUGCAGCUGAUAUUCGGUAUUGCACAAAAGAUGCAUAUUUUCAAGUUAAGGAAGUCGAAGUGGGUUUGGCAGCUGACGUUGGUUCUCUCCAAAGAUUACCGAAAGUAAUUGGCUCUGAUAGUUUAACAAGAGAACUAUGCUAUACAGCAAGAAAAAUGCAUGCUGAUGAAGCUCUUACUUGUGGCUUAGUUUCCAGAGUAUUCGGUAAUCAAGGAGAAUUAAUACAAGGUGCUAUUGACGUAGCUGAAGAUAUUGCAAAGAAGAGCCCAGUUGCUGUGCAAGCAACAAAACAGAGUUUGAUAUUUUCUAGGGAUCACAGUGUACAAGAAGGUCUUGAUCAUAUAAAAUUCCUCAAUCAAUUAAAUCUCCAAAGCGAGGACAUCGUCAAAGCAGCUACUGCUCAGUUAACAAAAGAUCCUAAUGUAGUGUUUUCCAAACUAUAAUUGAAGGAAACAAACUGCCUAAUCAAAGUCCGAAGAGAUGCUGGUCAAAGAAAAAUACAAUAAUUAUAUAUGUAUAAUAUUUUAAUAAGAUUUGUAUGAAAAAUAUAUAAAAUAAUUGUAACCAAG